GGCAGACCUAAACCACUACACUACAUAUUAUCCCCUCAUCCCUACAUCCAUGCUUGGGCCAUAAAAAAAUCUUGAAACUAAAAACCACACAAAAUGUUUACCCUUCAAACCCAUUCAUCUUUCCCCAUGUUGAAUCAAGAGGAUCAAGAAUCUGAACAUCUUUAUUGUGCAAGUUAUUUGGAAUCAAGCAAACAAGAACAAACUUGCAAAGAAUUAGCUGAAGUCAAGAAGAACAAAAGGCCAUCACAGGAUAGGGAAGCCCGGGAGGUGGAGUGGAGGCGGUACCGCGGUGUCAGAAGGCGGCCGUGGGGGAAGUUCACCGCGGAGAUAAGGAACCCAGAGAAGAAAAAAGCAAGAUUAUGGCUUGGUACUUUUGAUACACCUGAACAAGCUGCAUUGGCUUAUGAUAGAGCUGCGUUUAAGUUCCAUGGUUCUCGUGCUAAGGUUAACUUCCCUCUUUUAAUCGGCUGUGACGAUAGGGUUUCGAUGUCUUCGUCUUCAUCCUCUAUCGAAAACGGGCUUAGGAGAAAGAAGAUUAAUCCCACCGAGGAUCAACCAAUGGACAUACCCGCUACAACAGUGAACAAGACGGAAAAUCAGCAUGAAACCCUACAAGAUCUUCAGUUAUUUACCUUAACACCUAAUGAUUUCUCAUUGAACAACCUUGUUGACCCAACACCUAACACCACAACCAGUAACAAUGAUUCAUUGUGGUCAAUCUUUAUGCAAAACACAGUUCAGUCUCCAACAGCCACUGCUAGUUCUAGAGUUGGAGAAGUGUGUGACCGUGAAUAUUCAAUGUGGGAUUUUCAAUUAAACACUGUCCCACCCGAGGAGCUUCGGUUUCCGGUGAUGGAAGCGCCACCGGUAACCGCCACUAGAGCCUCAGAGGUGGGGAAUGAUCAUGACUCGUUCUGGGAUUUUCAGAUGGAUACAUUGACAGAUGAUGAUUUUCUUUUGCUUUAGGGUGUUGAAAUUUGUUGUUUCAGAUUCCAACCGUUAAUUUUGUUUAGGUGGGAUCAGACUUGGUUCAGAUGGUCAGAAAUGGUGUGAUUUAUUCUAGAAGUCCCCGAAAUUCGUACAUGAUAUUUAUGGGUAGUAUCACAUUGCAAAGUAGCAUCCUACAUGUACACUUUUCUUUUAUUUGAGGUUUUUAGCUGAAAGCAAUUCUAUACAAUAUUUUUUAGGUUUUUUUUUU